GUCAUAGGUUCCAUGGCAACAGAUGCCACAGGUGUCAUGGUAAUAAAUCUCCAUGGGUGCCAUGGCAACAGAUGCCACAGAUGUGAUAGGUGCCAUGGCAACAGAUGCCAUAGCAACAGACACCCUGGGUACUACGGCUACCAACUCCACGGAAGUGGCAGUGAACGGAGUGGGAGAACCUGUGCAAGCUGCAAAGUAAAAUGGCAGGGUUGGUUCUCUGUGAGCCCACAGAGCUUUACAACAUCUUGAACCAGUCCACGAAGCUCUCCAGGUUAACUGAGCCUAACUAUCUCUGUUUACUGGAUGCCCGUACAAAGCGUGAGUACAAUGAAAGCCAUGUGAUUACAGCAAGAAGGGUUAAACAGAAUCCUAUGGGGGAUUAUCUGGUACCUGACUCAGUUGAGCUGGAGUGUGUCAAAUAUUGUGUCGUGUAUGAUGGCAAAACCAGCUCUUUGGAUGAUAUCUAUUAUGAUGAUUACGAAGAGAAGAAGGAGGAUGAAAAAGGGACUAAAGCUGCCUCAGAGAUCGCAGGAGAUGAAUCCAGUUCUUCGUGUUCACAAAAUGCUGAGGUAGGGGCUGCCAUCCAGUGUGCCAGAGUCUUAGAGCAGUUCACCCGCCACCCAGUCCGCAUCCUGAAAGGAGGGUAUGAGCGCUUCACUGCGUGCUACCAUUUCUUGAGGACUCAGAAGAUAUUCUGGAUGCCUCAGGAACUGGAUGCUUUUCAGCCAUACCCUGUAGAGAUAUUGCCGGCUCAGUUAUAUAUGGGAAAUUGCAGGCAGGCCUGCGACCAACAGAUUCAGAAGGAUCUGAAAAUCAAAGCACAAGUCAACAUCUCAGAGGAGAUUGCAACACUUUUCACAGAUGAAAGCAAAACACUUCUUCAUGUUUCUGUGGCAGAUUCUCCCGAUGCAGAUCUUUUUUCCUUUUUUCCCACCAUUUGUCACUUCAUAGAUGCUCAGAUGACUCUUGGAGCAGUUCUGGUUUUCUCUACCCUGGGUCUAAGUCGGAGCAGCACGGCGGUAAUGGCCUUCCUCAUGCAUUCAUCCCAUUAUCCCUUAAAGAGGGCUUGGAAAUACAUCCAGAAAUGCAAAACAAACAUGAGACCAAACCGUGGCUUUGUGCAACAGCUGUCCGACUGGGAAAGCCAAAUCUAUGGGUCAGCGAUCACAGAUAUCUCCGAACCACAUUACUGACAGGCAGCAAGGAGAACAUCCAACAGGCAAAGAAGCCUUUCCGUCUGUACCAGUUUAACUUGGGCUGUAUUGUUUAGGUAAGGUUUGACUAGAAUUGGUUGCUGUGAGUAAAAUAAUAAGAAUAAUAUAAUAAUCGGAACCUUUAGGAUUGGUUUUCAUCUUCACAUGUUAUUAUUUGGGGGCCAUCAUUUGGGAUCCAAUCCCUUAUUCAGGCAAAUUUGCUGAACAGUCAGUGGGAGUUGUGCAUGAAUCACGACUUCAGGAUUUGGCUCGUUUUGUUUUAAUCGUCACUUCUGUUGGCUAGGUCAAUUGCGGGCUGAUUAUCAAAAUGCUGAGCACCUGCAGCUCCCAUUGAAGCCAGUAGGGGCUGGUGGUGAGCAGCAGCAUUGAAAACCCAUCCAGGGACCUCUACCCUUGGAUGAUAAAUGGGUACUUUACCAGACAAACAGAUAAAUAUGUGAUACAGAAUUUCAACAGUUCAGGAAUUAAUCCAUUACAAAUGCAUUCUCUCAGCUGUGCAGUCCAAUCCCAAGAUGGAGUUAUGCCUUCACACCCCCAUGUAUCUCCCAUUGAUUUAUUUGGGCCCAGGCUCUCCAGCCUUGCCUCCUACUUGCCUCCUCAUAUUGCAACAGUCAGACUUUUUUGCUUUGAAGUUCUAUUUGAAGCUCCAGUCCUAUUAUAUUAAGCCAAAUUAAAGUCCUGCCCAAGCUGAUUCCAUCCCCAGAAUAGCAAGAUGGACACCUGAAGGCAAGCGAAAACGAGGCCGCCCGAAAACAGCACAGCAAAGAGCUAUGGAAGCACAGCGGGGGAACCAUUGAAAGCCUUGUCAGAAACAGACAGGAGUGGGGGAGCUUCGUGGCUGCCCUUAACACCAGGGGUGUAAUGGGAACAUGAUGACGAUGAAGUUCAGUACCAUCUAUCUCCUCUUUAACGUUGUAAAUUCCACACAUUAGCAGCACAGCAUAAGAGCUGAUAGAAAAUGUUACUUAGGCCUUACACCAAAUUUUGACCUCCCUACCCUGACAGUUAUAUUAUGUCCUUCAUUUUAAAUCUUCAUCCUAGAGCUGAACCUUCAAAGGUUUUUUGACAGGUUUGUACCAAAACAUUAUUACAGCCUCAAUAACUCUAGCCUGGGACAGAAUUACUCAACCUUGCCAUUCUUGCUAAUGAAUUGAGACAACUAACUACUUCUGAGUGCUGACAUGUGUAUGCUUUGUGGAAGUUGGAUGACCAGAACUAAACACCGGUGCUGUAAAUUGCAAUCAGAGGUAGAUUUUCUGUACUAAUGUCUUUUCACUGCAGCGAGAGCUAUAAAUGGGUCUAUCAGUUU